AUGGGAAAAGCCCGAAAUGCGACAGCGGGUGAAACAGUUCAUCAAUAUCGUUUUGAUGAUCCAGAGGUGUGUAAAUAUCUGUUAGUCGAAUUUUGUCCACACGAUUUGUUUGUGAACACACGUGCUGAUUUGGGGCCCUGUGAUAAAGUUCACGAAGAAGGCUUACAGAAAACGUAUCUGAAAAGUUCAAGAUAUGGAAAACUUGGUUAUGAAGAAGAUUUUGAACGCUUUUUAAAAUCAUUAUUGGCUGAUGUUGAAAGACGAAUCAAACGUGGAAUUGAUCGAUUACGUUUAACACAAGGUGAAUCUGUAAAUGAUAAUUCUGAAACAAGCGAUGGAAAGGCAACUGAUCCUGCUAGUCGUAUACGACAGAUAGAUGAUAGGAUCAAUGAACUUGUUCAAAAGUCCGAACAACUAGGUUGCAAGGGAAAAGUUGAUGAAGCACAAGCAGUUUUAGAAGAAUGCGAACAGUUGAGAGCCGAACGAGAACAAUUAUCCUAUCAAGAAUAUAAUUCAGAUAUGAUGAAAGCUAUGGAAGUAUGUAACGUAUGUGGUUCAUUCUUGAUUGUGGGAGAUGCCCAGUGUCGAAUUGAAGAACAUGUUAGUGGAAAACAACAUGUUGGCUAUGCAAAAAUACGUAGUACAUUAGAAGAAUUACAAAAAAAACGAUCACAGUUGCUUGAGAAAGAUCGAGGUGGUGAUGGUUCAGCAACAGCUACUCCAUCCACAACAGAAAAAGAACGUUUACAUCGUUCAUCCAGAGAAGAACGACAUAAAAGAGAACAUUCUCCAUCACGAGAUGAAAAAUUUAAACAUCAACAUUUAUCAACAACAAACAAACAUAUUAAAACUCAUUCGCGUUCACCAUCUCACCAUCAUAGUUCUAAGAAACAUCAUCGUAGUAGUGAAACCAAAGAAGAGCGGUGUUCGAGAACAGUAGUAUCAAAUGUCAAACACUAUCAUGAUGAUGGCCAUCAUUCAUCUCAUAAAUCAAAAACACAUAAUUCUCCACCGUCUAGUCAUCACCAUCGACAACAUCAUCACCACCACCAUCAUGAAAAAGAAGCGUCGAAUGGACGAAAGUCAUCCUCAUCGCACAAAGAUAAAAAAGAACGGCGAAAACAUGCUGAUGUGAAAUUGUUUACUUGUCCGUAUAAUAAAAUGACAACUCAACCGACAAUUGAAGAUGUUUCGUCAACAAUAAUAUCGACUACAAAAGAGAUACCAAGUAUUAAACGUCGUCGUGGAGCUGUAUCAUCAAAAUCAUUUCAAGAAGAAUGUAUAACACCAUACAAAAAAGAGAUUGUACAAAAAGAUUAUGCCACCAUGCAAGCAUUGACGGCUGCAAUUAAAAAAAAUAUUUUAUUCAGGUAUUUUAGUAUGGAUUUAGUAAAUGUUUUACUGAAAACACAACAUUCUAAAACAAACACAGGUUUGCACUUGCAGUCAUUUGGAUGA